GCAAAGCACUGCUGCGCUGCGCUGUUUUGGCUUGGCCGCUGUAAAGCAGCCAUGGGCAAUGUGGUCUCAGAGCCCGAUGCUUCCACCGGCAGUCUGAGCAUUCAGUCCGGGCUUUCCGGAGACGUGGUUGCCACCGUCCUCGUCCAGGAUUUUGAGGACGUCAAGACUCUGAAAAGGCAUCUAGAAGGUCUUUGUGGAGUUCCGCGGUUCCGGCAGAAGUUGCUGCACAACGGGGUUGUGUUGGAGGACGAUGCUUCCCUGGCCGACUUAGGCGAGGUCCAGCUGAUCCUGAUGUCCACUGUUUCGGAUGCUUGUACAGAGGGAGAGAUGGCCUUCGCCAUAGGCCAAGGCAAUGUCUUGGCAGUUGAAAAGAUGCUGAACCGGCCGCAAGAGCCAAACCCGGCUUGGCGCUUUCCGCCUCUUGUGCAAGCAUGCGCAUUCAAGAAGAUAGAGAUGGUCCGACUUCUUCUGGAGGCCAGGGCCGACCCUCAUCAUCCCAUCGGUGAUGUCAGGUCUUUCAAUGCUUUGCAUGUCGCGUCCGUGGCUGGAGACCUGAAUGUCACAAGCUUACUUCUGAGCGCACGGGCUGACCCAUGGCGCUGUGACGACUUGGGCUACACACCACUGAGCAUGUUGCGUCGGAUUUCACAAGACAGGCGGGAUAAGCAGAUCGAAAUGCGAGAACUGCUGAAAGAGGCCAUGGUGCCGAACCCAAAGCCUCCAUGCGUAGCCGAUCAGGCUCACAACGACUCGAUUCCUCAUGGGAUGUUGAAGCUGUCGCCUGCCGUCAUUUGCUCAGACAUGCCGGAGACCUCCCGCGAGCGUCAGCAGGCCCUGGCGCUGAUCCAGCGCCUGCGAGCUCGCCAGGUCGGGAGCCUCGCGAGCCUCGAGGAUCCCCUCUGGUCCGGUGCACAUCAACAUGACAGGUGCGGGAAUUUCAAACCGCCAUACCAUCAACUGCUGGCACGGGCGUGCCUGCACACGCUUCACCUGCUGGCUCUGGCCUUGGUAGCACGGGCGUUCAAGCAUCCAGACGGUCGGGAAAUUGAUGAGAAGCCUGGCAGUGGUGCCAGUAAGGGCAUCGGCAAGACUGGGAAAAGCGGGAAAAGCGGGAAAAGUGGUAGGGGCGGCAAGAGCUUUCCUUGUACGUUCCGGCGCCGAAGCAAGACUCCUUGCCGACGCCGGUCCCCGAGCUCUCCUUGCCGGCGAAGUCCAUCGCACAAUCCUCGCUUCGCGAGCCGCUCCCCUUCUCAGAAGCAGCCGGCGCCACGGCGCCUCACCCCGGCCCCGUCGGCUCCGUCCGCUACAGAGGCAGUGCAUGCAAAGGACGCAGAGCUGAAGGCGAAGGCGAAGGAGCCCAGUUUCCGGGACUUUGUGCUAAAGCAUGCGUCCAACGAGGACUCUCCAGAUUUUGUCAUGAACAGGUUCCAGCAGUACAUUCACGAAAGGCUGAAGGAAGAGCUGCAGGCAAUCAAGCAGACAGGGCUCUUCUUCGACCUGUAUCAUCCUCUCUCUCGGCUCCGGCGAUAUGAACUACGUCUUGGCACGACGCAGUUGAAUGCCGCAACCUUUGCUCAGGACCUGCGAGAUGGAAGGUACCGUGAGCUGUCCCUACGAACAGGCAAGGUGCGACGUGGAGCCACCUGCCCCGUAGCCGGGCAUCUGCAAGCGCCCGAAUUUGCCUUCGACCCGGAUGUGGGAUCCUUGGUGAUUCGUAGCCUCCCACCGGCAGUGAGUGUAUGGGAUGUCCUGGAUGUGAUUCAGGAUCGCCCGGGGUUUUGCACUGCUGCCUGGACGAGUUUCGAAGGAAAGGACCUGGCCCGAGACUUCUUUGCCAGGUUCACUUCAGCCGCGGAUGCCACCGCGGCAGCCGUUGUGCUCAUGCGGAGCGCAGAGACCCUGCUCAGCAGACCAGGAAGCGAAGGGACGGGCCGUGCUUCCGUUCUGAGCCCCAAGCCUGGCUUGGCGGCGCUGGUGCUGCCGCAGGAGAUGUCACUUCCGGAGCGGCUUCUCAAGGACUUGGCUCUCUCCGAGCAGGUAAUCCAGCGCCUGGACGGCCUCACAGAAGUGCCCGAAGAAAUCACGGCCCUGGUGCUGAAUGCAUAUGGUACCACCGAAUUCAAACUGGACCUUCGCGUCACCUACCUGCGUCGCGUGCACCACUUCUGCUUCUACGCCGCGCGCUGGUGUGAUGACGAGUGGUUCUUGCGGGACGCCUGCGGCAUCGCCACCUUGCGUGCGCCGGCACAGCCGGAGUGCACGGCGGGCGAGUGGUCCGCGGCUCAUGAGCAGCGACUGGAAAGCUUCCUGGGCAGCGUGUCCUUCGACAAGCCUGCAGCUGCCCCUGACUACUCCAAUGAGCACGUGGUGCAGAGCCUGGCCGAGGAAAGGGAGAAGGCGAUUCUGAAGGUCACGGAUGAGAAGUUCAAGUGCAAGUUGUGCGGCAAGCACUUCCGCGGAGAGGACUUUGUUCGAAAGCACCUGGAGCGUGCCACAGCCGCAGUUGGAGCGCACCCCAAU